AUGACCACCAUCCACUCAGUCACCGAUCCCCCAGAAUCCCAAGAACGCUCCACUGACACCGCUGAGAGCUUCCCCGACGGCGGCUACCGGUCAUGGCUCGUCGUCAUGGGAUCAUUCCUGCUACUCAUGUCCUCCUACGGACUGAUGAACUCAGUCGGAGUGUUGCAGUCCUACCUCGAGAGCCACCAGCUCUCGGACUACUCCAGCCAAAACGUCGGCUGGAUCUCAGGCCUAUUCGUGUUCAUGUCCCUCGGUCUGGGCGUGUUGGUCGGACCCAUGUUCGACACAUACGGGCCCCGAGAGCUAGUAAUGUCCGGAUCCGUCUUCUACGCAGCCAGUCUCUUUCUCACCGCAGAAUGUACGCUCUACUGGCACUUCAUCCUCUGUUUCGGAAUCAUGGCCGGUAUAGGCGGCGCCCUGACCAGCACAGUGGGCAUGUCGUGUGUGCCGCACUGGUUCCAGGCGCGCGCCGGCAUGGCGCUCGGCACGGCGAUGGCCGGGGCAGGGCUGGGGGGUGUCAUCUUCCCGUUUAUCCUGAAGGGAGCGUUCGCCAGUCUGGGAUUUAAGUGGGGGAUGCGCAUCUUGGCGUUUGUGGUUCUGAUUUUGUCCGGGUUGGGCUCGUUCUUGGUUAAGUCGCGGCUGCCAAAGGGGCAGCUCAAGGCGGCUAUUGAUAUUCGUUGUUUUCGGGAUUCGCGCUUUACGUGGUUGAGUGCGGCGAUCUUCACACUGGAGCUGGAAGUGUUUGCCCUGAUCGGUCUAUACCCAACAUACGUAGCCAAGCAGGGGUUCAGCACCAGCGCCGGCGUGUACACCCUAGUCGUGUUGAACGUAUGCUCCUGCAUCGGCAGACUUCUCGCAGGCCGCAUCGCCGACCGCUACGGCCGGCUAAACGUGCUCAUCAUCCUAAUCUCAGCAGCAGUGAUCACCAUCUUCGUCAUCCUGUACCCCUUCAGCCACCACCUCCCAGCACUGUAUCUCUUCAGCGCGCUGUACGGACUCUUCUCGGGGUCGUUCAUCAGUCUGGCGCCUGUUUGUAUCCGCCAGGUGUCGCACGCCAAGGAGAUUGGGAUGCGAUUUGGGACGUGCUACUGUCUUGUUAGUUUUGCCACGUUAAUCUGUAUUCCUAUCGGUGGCGAGGUGCUUGAAAAGGUUGGCUCAAGGAUUGUGGUAGUGUGGUUGGGGUGUAUGCUGCUGCUGUCGACGCUGCUAUUUUUGACGGCGCGGUGGGCUUGUCUGGACUAUAAGUGGCAUUGGCGUAUCAAGAUUUGA